CCUGCAGCGUCUGGUCCCACCCCUCUGAAACACAUCUGAUGCCUAACGUAGGAAAUUGCUCUAUGCUCCAUUUAGUUACUUGAUCCGGUCACCCACAUAUAAUGAGCCUCCUGCUACUCCGGCAAUUCUCUCUAACCUAUUCUUACUGUUCCCAUCUAUCGGGACCUCACUGCUAGCCUUGAUGUCCGCCAUGAUCUCUCCUGUCCAGGUCGCGCGCUUGGUGGGGUUGCUGGCCCCACUAUCCCUUUAGAAGAGCGUGGAAAGAAGGGAUUCUGCCUAACAAAACUAUUGAUUUCCCUCUCUGCCCCCAGUUCAAAGCUGUUCACGAGUAAUCUCUGCUCGAUGUUUUUCUCGUCAUUAUGGUCGAAGCAUACAGUCCCAGCCAGUAGCUUUAUUCCGAGGACUGUGAAUUUGGGGUUUCUUCUCCCGGUCAUGUCAGAGCCUAGCAAGACUUCUUGCCCACCCUACACCCUGAAAUGGACACUCUGCCAGAAGAAGACGAGGCUCCACAAGCUCACUGGGAAUGCGGUCCAGAAUAUCAUAUCCUACCCCAGCAUAUUUUGGGACGAUAAACUCGAGUCUGAGAUUGCAGAUGUCGUGGCGCAGAAGCGAUUAGCCAACACCCACGAGGCUGAAGAGACACAACUCGUAUGUUCAAUCAAUGCUCGCGGCGAAGAGGCCAUACCCGGGCGUUUCCCGGGGUCCGACGUCAACUGGGCAGACGUAGAUGAACAGAUCGCGAUACAUGCAUACAUGCAUGGAUCCUGUGUCAGCUUGCCGCAUAGCGUAUCAAUCAUGUAUAGUAGGAGACGAGACGGCCGGCCGGUUCUAUUCGGGGGUGGCCGUGUGCGGCCAAAACGGCGAAUGGUAGAACGUAUUCUUCGGACGGCGCGCUCGCUGCACUGUACUUUCUGAGCAAUUGCUCGACUCGUCUGAUUUUCAGAAGCGGAGCCCGAAUUUCCUUGUGCUUCUUAUGAGAUAGCUGUCGUGCCAUGGCUGUGCUAGUGUCGCGAACAGAGGUGCUUGGGCUCGGUCGGUGAAGAGUCUACUAGCUCGCGUUGAACUGUUUUCCUCUUCGGUUUUAGCCGCGAUUAUUCCGCUGCCAGGCCCC